ACAUAGGCUAGCAAAAGAUUUAGAUCAGUUGAGGUAUUUUAAAUAUAAAGCCCUUACAUCUCGUCAGGUACUUACCCCGAAUUGUAAAAAUUUUGAUUUAGCUAACUUACCAAACUAACUUAUCAAACCAACAACUAACGCAGCUGAAAAUCAUUAUUAUAGGACCUAUUUAUAAAUGCAGUAUUGGCUAAAUAACGGAGAAGAGGCAACAGAAUGUGGAUGGAGUAAAAAAAAGGAUACCUUAGUUCCAAAAACAAUGUCAAACGCAGUGGCACCAGAAUUUGUUGAAAAUGAUUUACUGUAAUUGCAAAUCUGGAUGUAAUAAACUAUGUACCAUUGCGAUAAAAAAAAGUAGUACAAGAAUUAGUAGUCCCAGAUGGAACUCCUGGUCUAUAAGGAUAUUUGAAUUAUACUGAUUUUUUUUUGGAUUUAGCCAACAACACUGUUUUUUUUUUGUUUAUCCCUAAUGCAUCUGCAAUGUCCCUUAUGGGAACCCCAUCCCUUAAGCGGGGUUUACAUUGGUCAAGUUACUUGAUUCAAGUUUACUUGAAUCAAGUAACUUGAACGUCACUUGAACCGUGUAAACACUUCUGCAAGUGAUUUUUUCCUCAUUCAAGUAGUGCUUGACCCCUAGAUUCAAGUGUCAAGUAAAAGUUGAACAUGUUUGAUUUUUGGAGUCAAGUUGGCUGCACUUGAAACAAGUAGGAAGGUCUCUUGACCAGUGUAAACACACAUUCAAGCUCACUUGCUUCAAGGAUUAACCUAAAAAUCUAGUGUCACAUUGAGUGGUGUUGUUUUGUUGUUGUUUAUGUUAAAAGCAUCUUUAUUUAAAAAUGAGUUCAAAAAGUGUUAAGUGGACAAGCGAUCAAAUUAUUGAAUUCCUGGAGGUGUAUGAAAACUAUCCUGUACUGUGGAACUCGGGUUUGAGUGAAUAUAAAAAUAAGAAUUUAAGAGAUGCCGGAUUUAAAGGUUUGGUAGACAAAUUGAAAACCAAUUUUCCCGACAUCACCUUGGAUGUGGUAAGAGCCAAAAUAAAAGUAAUCAAAACCAUUGUCAGUCAAGAAUGCAUAAAAAUUGCGAAAUCCAAAAAAUCAGGUUCAGCUGCUGAUGAACUGUACGAACCUAAACUUAGUUGGUUCCAUGCAGCAAAGUUUUUAAUGGGUUGUUCGUCCAGCAGACCUUCUACUUCAACUCUGGAUAAGGAAAUCCAAAUUCUGCCUACACUGACUGACGCAUCUGAGACUGACGAUAUAGAGGAUGUGGAUUCUCCAAGUUCUCCAAUUGUUCAACCACAACCAAAAAAAACUAAAUCUCAAACACCUGGAAUGCAGCCUCCACGCUCCAAAAAGCAAAAAAUAUCCGAAAUACAUGCUGUUGAACACAUAGUUGAUAAACUACAUGCAAUAUCACAAAACGUUAAACCAGCUGGCAAAAAUGGUUCUGUGAGACACACUAGUGAUGAACUGUCUCAUUUUGGAGAGUACGUUUCAGCACAAUUGGGGCAAUUAAACCCAAUUGAUUCUCUUAAUGCUCAAAAAGCUAUCCAAGACAUUCUUAUAGCUGCAAGAAUCAAAUCAUUGAAUCGAAACAUGCAAAUUCACAGAUAUUCUUCACUAUCACCAACCAUAGCUACCUCUGUAUCUGGAUCUGACAGAACUGAUGUGGAAGAUAUUCAUUACCAAGACAAUUCAAACGACUUACUUUCUCCUGCUUUGCAAACCAGUUUCUUACUAGAAACCGACAAAGAACAAAAUGAUUCCGACAAUUUUCUGGUCUUUCAAGAAAUUGUUGUUGACAAGAACAAUUGUAAUUAUGAAAUUAUUUAAAAAUUAAUUGACAUCCUACUUGUAACAGUAAACAUAAUUAUAAAAUAUAAUGUGUUUUUUGUUUACC